CGAGCACAAAGGCUGACGGGUAACUCCCAACGUCCUUGUCCUACGAACCGCUCACCGACUGCCUUCACGCUUGGGCCGGGCAUUUCUAUCAUUCAGCUGCACUUGAAUUUGAUAAAAACUUCCAGACAUGAUGGCAGCCAGGUUUCUCCGCCGGGCUCUUCCUGCGCUGAGGCAGGCUCGCUGCUACGCUGAGGCCGCCGGCGGUUCCCCGCAAAUGUCCUUCACGUUUGCUUCUCCGACACAGGUGUUCUUCAAAGAGGCCAGCGUGAAGCAGGUCGAUGUCCCCACACUCACCGGUGCAUUCGGUAUCCUCCCGGCCCACGUACCCACCCUGCAGGUGCUCCGGCCCGGUGUCGUCACAGUCUUUAAUGAUGAUGGCUCCGCCGCCAAAUACUUUGUGAGCAGCGGGUCGGUGACGGUCAACGCUGAUUCAUCGGUACAGCUGCUCGCUGAGGAGGCCGUUCCCCUGGACCAGCUGGACGUUGCAGCAGCUAAGGCCAACCUGGAGAAAGCCCUGUCCGAAUUGGCCGGCAUCGCUGAUGAGGCAGCAAGGGCAGAGGUUCAGAUCAGCAUAGAAGCCAACGAGGCCAUUGUCAAGGCUCUGGAGUAGACCAGCGAUAACCUGUUUGAUGAAAACCAACUGUCCUCUCGGGAUUUCAGUUCAGACCUGUCGGUGUGCAGAAAAUACCAUUCUUUCUUUGUACAGUGGAUGAAGUUAACAAUAAAUUUAUUUGGAAUUAC